AUGUUCCGUCGGUUUUACUCAACGGCACUCCGUAGAACGCCCCUCUACGAGUCCCACGUCAAGUACGGUGCCAAGUUUGUUCCUUACGCUGGCUUCGAAAUGCCAAUUCAGUACAAGGCCCAAUCCCACAUCGAUUCCCACAAGUGGGUUCGCUCAAAAGUCGGUUUAUUUGAUGUCAGCCACAUGUUGCAACACCACUUUGAGGGUCCGGAGGCUGCUGCUCUUUUGGAGAAGAUAACGCCAACUGACACUAGUGCUCUCCAGCCCUUCACGUCCACAUUAUCAGUGUUGCUCAACGAGAACGGAGGCAUUGUCGACGAUACAAUAAUUACAAAACACAAUGACGAAAAGUUCUACGUGGUGACCAAUGCUGGAUGCAGAGACAAGGACCUCGAGUUCAUCAAGGCUGAAGCUAAGAAUUUCUCCAGCAUUGACCACUACACUUUUGAAGGCACCUUGUUGGCGAUCCAGGGCCCUAAAGCCCAGGAGGUUUUGCAGAAAUACACAUCAGAAAGUUUGAAUGAUCUCUAUUUCGGUCACUCCAGGAUUCUCAGCUUGAGCAGCUUUGUUGAAGACGGUGUCCACCUUGCAAGAACCGGUUACACCGGUGAAGAUGGGUUUGAAAUGUGCAUCAAGGUGACGAACGAGAAGGAGGCCGCUCAGUCACGAGCAUUUUUUGAAGCUUUAAUCGACGAAAACCCCGACUUGGUGGCCCCGAUUGGUUUGGCUGCCAGAGAUUCAUUAAGAUUGGAGGCAGGUAUGUGUCUCUAUGGCAACGAAUUGACUGAAGAGAUCACUCCUGUCGAAGCCUCCUUGGCCUGGGUUAUUCCCAAGAGUAGGAGAGAACCAUCCACUGCCACAUUCAAUGGCGCCGGCAAGAUUUUGCUGCAAUUAAAUGACAAGAAGUUGGUCCCCAGAAGAAGAAUUGGUAUCACCUCGUCUGGACCAGCGCCAAGAUCGGGAGCCAAAAUUUACUAUGAAGACAAGGAAGUCGGCUACAUCACUUCCGGGUCAUUUUCGCCAUCUUUGGGGCAAAACGUCGCCCAGAGUUACCUCGACAAGUCGGUCAAGAUCGGUUCCACUGUGCAGCUUGACAUUCGUGGGAAGAAGAGAGACGGUGUAGUCACCAAACUCCCAUUUGUGCCAAACAAGUUCCACAAGGGUUAA